AUGACUGACCAAGGCUCGACUUAUUCAGUACUUCAGAAUGUGCCUGUAAUGGUAUCUCCUCAUUACAGACUACCAAAAAAGAUUAUCAUUGCCUCAGAACUUAAGCCAAUUCCCGACGAUAUUUCGCAACUGACAACCUAUCCCUUUUCAACAGAGAGACAAGUCCUUAGUUAUAUCGAGGCAUCUCGUAAAAACGCCUUGGAAGAGGAAGAAGCUUUGAGAGCAAAAAGGGCUCAAUACGAACAAGAGAAAAUCAAUCAACAAAAGUUAGCGGCUAGAAGGAUUGCUCCAGGAUUUCUGGAUACGGAUACACGUAUUUUGAAACCAGAGCAAAAGUAUAACCCUACUCCCGAAGCAACAACAGAGGAACCUCAAGAGUUAAACCAGACUAGUUCUGAAACGAGUCAUGAAAAGUUUGAUUAUCUUCGAUUCGAGCAAGGACUUGCUCCAGCUGAUCCUUGGGAUGCACCAGAAAACGAUUUUGUUGCUCUCAGAUCAGUUUUGGGUAGUAGCCCCAAGGCUAAUUACAGUACGCCUACAAGUCGCACGUCACCUGUAACUUAUACAUCAUAUCAACCGCAGCCGCAACCACGACCAUAUCCACCAAAGAAUGAAGGAGCUUAUUGGAACUUCCAAAAUGGAACAACUAUGCCAUACCCUCAAGGAUUAUCACCCAAAUCUGUACCAGCUAUACCGCCCAAACUGUUUACUAACUCACCUUUGCCGUCCUCCUCUACUUCUUCGCCCAUCAUUUCACACCCUUCUUCAUUAAAGCCUCUAGCCCAUCCUACUGUUUCACCAACACCACCACCCAUACCACCAUUACCCAAUCCACCCUAUGAACAUUUAAUUGAAGAAUUAAACAACAUGGGAUUUACUCGAGCACAGGCUAUUGACGCAUUAGAAAAGAAUGAUCACGACUUGAUAAAAGCUACCAAUUUCCUUUUAGAUCAGGCAUAA